AUGCUGAAGGUUCUCAUCGUCUGCGCAUUUGGCGCCGUGGCGGUCCUUGCCGAGCAGAAGGAGCCUUCCUUCUUGGCCAACGUCAAGUCGGACGACAAGAAGGAGUUCUUGAAGAUCCAGAACGACGCUGUCCUCACCAUCAGCGAGAUCGACACCAAGCUCGCCGCCUGGGCAAAGAAGCACAACGUCAAUGUGAGAAGCGCACCGUUCACUUUUCCAGAAUUUACCGAAUUUUUUCAGGCCUACAACAAGUACAAGACCGACUUGAACAAUAUUGCGUCGGGAGCCUUCAAAAAGGUCGACGAAACGGUCAACAACUUCCCGAAGGCCGCAGCUGCAUUGAAGACCAUCCUGAGGAACAAAAAUCAGACCUAUGCCGACAGGAAGAAGGCCCUUGACAAGCUCCAGGCCAAAUAUCCUUAUGUGGGUUUUAAGAUUGCUUUCCGAUGAGACUAACUCAUUCAUCGAGAUGGAAACUAGGCUGAAAAUGACGCCUUUGCUUCAAGAUUGUGUCAAAAUAACGCGGCAUGCAGGAAGGAAACAGGAUAAAAGAAAACUCUAUUUUUUUUGCUGAUUUAACUUUUUAGAUAAUUAGAAAAGCUUCGAAUACCAUAUGCUUAGCUGACCUUUUUAACUGAAUAAAAAAUUUUUUUUCAGGAGCUUCAAGCCCUCAGCGUUCUCCGAAACCGGUACAUCGCAGAGCACCGACAUGGUGCCAAGAAGGCCGUCGGUCUCUAA